CAUCCAAACUAGAUUGUAGAUUCCAAAGCAAAAGGGAAAGUCAUAGCAUAGCGUGGCAUCACGAUUGACAGUGACCAUCACUUCGUUCAGCACCAUGAUUCCAGAAGAUACCUUUCUUCUCAUUUGCAAGCUAUCUGCUCUGUUUGUUUUGCCAAUUAUUUUUUAGCUUGAAAUACUUUAUAGGGUACCCUCUAUUUAAUUCAUAAAAAAAAAUCAAGAAUUUUCCAUUUCCGUUGAUGGAGAAUCAAGAAGAACAGCAAGAUAACACGAGUGAUCAAAACCACAAACCCCAAGACCUACCGCAAGUCCUACUCCUAAAACCACCACCAGUCCUGUCCGUUAUUGGAGAACAACCUUUUUUAUCAAAAAAAUAUCAAUUCUUGAAAGCAUGGGAAUCCCCUCUCCCUUUACUCCAGUUUCUUACCGCACAUGCUGACUCUAUCCAAGCCAUUCUCUGCUCGGGUGCCGCUCCAGUCACAGAUGAUUUACUCCAGCUGCUUCCCUCCGUGCGUCUUGUCGUCACUGCCAGCGCUGGUACUAAUCACAUUGAUUUGGAGGCAUGCCACCGUCGUGGAAUCUCUGUAACCAACGCGGGCAAUGUGUUUUCUGACGAUGGCGCGGAUGCGGCAGUGGGGUUGUUGAUUGAUGUGCUGAGAAAGAUUACAGCUUCUGAUCGGUAUGUGAGGCAGGGGCUUUGGGUCAAUAAAGGAGACUACCCUCUUGGUUCUAAGUUGAGAGGCAAGCGAGUCGGUAUUGUCGGAUUGGGAGGCAUUGGCUUGGAAAUUGCUAAAAGGCUAGAGGCUUUUGGCUGCAAUGUUUUGUAUAAUUCAAGAAAGAAAAAGGCACAUCUUUCGUAUCCAUUCUAUUCCGAUGUCCGCCAGCUCGCAGCUAAUAGUGAUGCCCUCAUCAUUUGUUGCGCAUUGACGAACCAAACCCGCCACAUGAUCGAUAAGGAUGUCUUUUCAGCAUUGGGGAAGGAAGGUGUCAUCGUUAACAUUGGACGUGGGGCUAUUGUUGACGAGAAGGAAAUGGUGCGGUGUUUGGUGCAUGGAGAGAUUGCAGGUGCUGGGCUAGAUGUGUUCGAGAACGAGCCUGAUGUUCCAAAAGAGCUCUUUGAAUUGGAUAAUGUUGUUCUAUCCCCUCAUAGAGCUGUCUUUACCUCAGAAUCUUUCAUGGCCCUGUGUGAACUUGUGGUAGGCAAUCUGGAAGCUUUUUUUUCCAACACACCCUUACUUUCACCCGUCAUUGAUGUAUGAUUAAUGCACAUUAUCGGCUUAGCUUUAGCUUCUACAAUCUUAAUAUAAUAGGAGUCCAAAGAGGCCUGUAAUUCUAGUAACAUCAUUAAACCAGUCCUAAAUUGAGAAUGAAUCAUCAUCGUCAAGAAAAUAAUCAUCAAACCUCCUUCCAAAAGUCCUAGUCCUUGAAACACCGCUAGUCUUCAAAUAUUAUAGAGGCAAACUCUCCCAAAAACUCCAUUUCUUGACACCAUGGGACUCACCACUUCCUUUAGACUACUUCUUGAGCACCCAUCCAAGCUGUUCUCUCUCAUGGAACCUGUCCAUUCAACACCAACAUUAUAAGGCUGUUGCCAUCACUGAGCCUUAUUGUCACCACAAGUGCUGGACUCAACCAAAUCGACUUGCAAGAGUGUCGUAGGAGAGGGAUAUCUGUAGCUUAUGCUGGAAGCCUGUUUUCUGAAGAUGAUGCUGAUAUAGCAGUAGGGCUGUUGAUGGAUGUGCCGAGAAAGAUAUAGACUGGUAAUCGGUAUGUGACACAAGGGUUGUGGGAUAACAAAGGAUAUUUUCCUCUAUGCUCUAAGGGAAGGAUUGAUCUAUGUAUUAAUAUCCUGUUUCUAUGUAUUAAUCUAUAUAUCAACUGGAUUAUUGAUAUCCUGUUUCUAUGUAUUAAUCCAUAUAUCACUGGAUUAUUGAUAUCCUGUUUCUAUGUAUUAAUAUAUCAACUGGAUUAUUGAUAUCCUGUUUCUUUGUAUGAUUGAUGGUUGUAAUUUGUUUUUCGUAAAGAUGUUCAAGGUUGCCAUCACUGAGCCUUAUUGUCACCACAAGUGCUGGACUCAACCAAAUCGACUUGCAAGAGUGUCGUAGGAGAGGGAUAUCUGUAGCUUAUGCUGGAAGCCUGUUUUCUGAAGAUGAUGCUGAUAUAGCAGUAGGGCUGUUGAUUGAUGUGCCGAGAAAGAUAUAGACUGGUAAUCGGUAUGUGACACAAGGGUUGUGGGAUAACAAAGGAUAUUUUCCUCUAUGCUCUAAGGGAAGGAUUGAUCUAUGUAUUAAUAUCCUGUUUCUAUGUAUUAAUCUAUAUAUCAACUGGAUUAUUGAUAUCCUGUUUCUAUGUAUUAAUAUAUCAAUUGGAUUAUUGAUAUCCUGUUUCUUUGUAUGAUUGAUGGUUGUAAUUUGUUUUUCAUAAAGAUGUUCAAGGUUGUUUCAGUUAGGAGGCAAGAAAGUUGGGAUCGUUGGACUUGGAAGCAUUGGCCAAGAAGCUGCAAAAGGGCUAGAGCACUUUGGCUGCAAUAUCUUGAACAACUCGAGGACCAAGAAACUGCAAAAGGGCUAGAGCACUUUGGCUGCAAUAUCUUGAACAACUCAAGGACCAAGAAGCUGCAAAAGGGCUAGUUUUAAUCUAUAUAUCAACUGGAUUAUUGAUAUCCUGUUUCUAUGUAUGAUUGAUGGUUGUAAUUUGUUUUUCGUAAAGAUGUUCAAGGUUGUUUCAGUUAGGAGGCAAGAAAGUUGGGAUUGUUGGACUUGGAAGCAUUGGCCAAGAAGCUGCAAAAGGGCUAGAGCACUUUGGCUGCAAUAUCUUGAACAACUCAAGGACCAAGAAGUCAUCUGUGCCCUAUCCAUGCUAUUCAAAUGUCUGUGAACUAGUGGCAAAUUGCGAGGUCCUCAUAAUUUGUUGUGAAUUAAAUGAUCAGACUCGCCACAUGAUUAGCAAGGAAGUGUUAUAGAUGUCGGACGAGGGGCUGUUAUAGAUGGUGAGAUGCUUGAAUGAUGCAAGGAGAGAUCGCAGGUGAUGGAUUGGAUGUGUUUGAGAAUGAGCCUGAUGUUCCAAGUGAGCUCAUUGCAUUAGACAAUGUUGUCCUGUCGCCACAUAGAGCAGUCCACACCGAGGAAACUUUGAUGUCUUUAGUCGAACUUGUGAUGGGGAAUUUGGAAGCUUCCCCCCCCCCCCCAAAUAAACCUUUACUUUCUGCUGUAAUAUUGGAUGGAUGAACAAUACUAUAAUUCUCCCUGUUUGCAGCUGCUGGUUGGUCUGUCAUGAAUUAAUUCUAGUAUUUCGAUA